AUGCAGUCUGCGCCACUACUCAAGUUCGAGAACGAGCAGCCCAAGCUGUGCGAAGAAGGUCUCACCGUACUGGAGGCGCUUCCAGGACCGGUUUGUCCCAUUGCCUUUGUCGGUGAUGGACGCAGUGGAAAAUCCUUCCUGGCAUCCAAGCUAGUUGGGGAGGGUACCUUCAGAGAUGACGACUCUGAGGAGGCUGUCACUGAAGGCAUCGACGUUGCUGCAAUGUCCUGUCAUCCCGGACAUCUUCUCGUGCUGGAUUGCGAGGGUGGAAACAAUGCCAUGUCCAAAAGCCAUUCCAUUGUGACGGUGGUUGGGGCACUGUUUGCGACGGCGUUGGUCUUCGUCACCGAUGGCAAGGCCUCUGAGGCAGCUGUGGAAGCGCUCGGCCGGAUGCUCGAGGAGCGUGCCCUCAUCAAGUGCGAUGGCACAGGCUCCCUGCAGGCACAAACCCUCCUCUUUGUCGUGAAUCAGAACAGGCUGAGAUAUGGGGAAGAUGCCCUCGAAAAGAUCUUGGCCGCUGACCACGGUGAAGAGCGGAAGGAGAUCCGGACUCUCAUCAGCAACGCUUAUCCGGAAAAUCGGCGACACUUCUUUACGAUUCCUGUAGACAACAAGAAAGACUUCGAGGACAAAUGGGAAUCUUUCCACGCUGCAAUGCGCAAUGCUGCGAUUCCCUUGAAGAUGGGCAAGCUGUGGAUGACGGGAGCCCAGGUCGUGCAUAUGCUCCGGAAGGUGGAAGAGGAGCUGCGCACGCGGGGCAAGGUGAGCUUGCCCUCCUUGCACCGGCACGUGAUACUGGAUGGGUGGCUGAAGCCCACAGUGGGCCAGGUGCUUCAAUCACGGAUGGACAAGCUCCUCGAGAAUUUCUCACAGGAGGAGUUUGCCACGCAAAAGGUCGGAAGUGUCGAUGGGAGCUGUGCAGACUGCCAAAAAUCGGCAGCUGGGUGGCUUGAUCCAGACGUUGAGGAGUUCUUCUGUGAGGACUGCUGGCGCAAAUUCUCUCCGAAGGUGCUCAAAUGUUGCUUCUGCGGCAGCUUUCACCCCUGGAUGCUGGGCAGGGUCGAGAAGGUGACCAAGAUGUGGCACUGCAACGACUGUCUGAUGCAGCUAGGUAUUGAGAUUCCUGAUGAAGCCACCUGA